CGACGAGCUCAGGCUGCCAGGAUGGGCUAGCGCCCUGGGGGCGCGGUCGUGAGGAGGAGGCGCGAGCCCCACGAGGCCCCGCUGACACAGCCUCCACUCGGGUCCGCGUAGUUCAUCCCGAGUGCGGAGUGCGGAGGAGGGCCGGGGUCUCGGGCGCCGCGUCUGGGUCUACGAUGGGACAGAGCUGCCAAGCGGCGCCCUCCUUCCCCCAGCCUCCGGCUUCCCAGGCGGCCACCGCCGCCUCAUGUUUCCGGAGGGGCAGAAGGGCGGAAGGGGCGUCACGUGCGCGCGGCCCGGGGGCCGGUUGGUCCGCCCGCAGGGGAGGGGCCUCGCGCUACCCGGGCGGAGGCUGGGCGCGGGCCGGGGUCGGCGGCUCCGGAGAGCCCGGACGCGAAAGCCAGCAACGGGGUGCCCCGGCGACGGCGCGGAGCCGGCUCUGCCCGCGCGGCGGUGGCCCGGGGUGCGCGCCAGGGCGUCUCACGGAUCCCGGGUCCCCGGCCCUCGAGGCGAAGCGCCCGCGGGGUCCGCGGCGGGGGCGGUGCCCGGCCAGCCAUGAGCUCUCCGCCGCCCGCCCGCAAGGGCUUUUACCGCCAGGAGGUGACCAAGACGGCCUGGGAGGUGCGCGCCGUGUACCAGGACCUGCAGCCCGUAGGCUCGGGCGCCUAUGGCGCCGUGUGCUCGGCGGUGGACAGCCGCACGGGCGCCAAGGUGGCCAUAAAGAAGCUGUACCGGCCCUUCCAGUCCGAGCUGUUCGCCAAGCGCGCCUACCGCGAGCUGCGCCUGCUCAAGCACAUGCGCCAUGAGAACGUAAUUGGGCUGCUGGAUGUGUUCACACCCAAUGAGACCCUGGAUGAUUUCACAGACUUUUACCUGGUGAUGCCGUUCAUGGGCACCGACCUGGGGAAGCUCAUGGAGCACGAGAAGCUGAGUGAGGACCGAAUCCAGUUCCUCGUCUACCAGAUGCUCAAGGGGCUGAAGGUGGGGGCUUGGGGUGCCGCCGGAGUGGGUGGGGCCCCCAGGCGUUCCUGCGAACUGACUGCUGCUGACCCCUCUGUGUCCCCACAGUACAUCCAUGCUGCUGGCAUCAUCCACAGGGACCUGAAGCCCGGCAACCUGGCCGUGAACGAGGACUGUGAGCUCAAGAUCCUGGACUUCGGCCUGGCCCGGCAGGCAGAUAGCGAGAUGACUGGGUACGUGGUGACCCGGUGGUACCGGGCGCCUGAGGUCAUCUUGAAUUGGAUGCACUACACACAGACGGUGGACAUCUGGUCAGUGGGCUGCAUCAUGGCUGAGAUGAUCACAGGGGAGACGCUCUUCAAAGGCAGCGACCACCUGGACCAGCUGAAGGAGAUCAUGAAGGUGACAGGGACGCCUCCCGCCGAGUUCGUGCAGAGGCUGCAGAGUGCCGAGGCUCAGAACUACAUGAACGGCCUCCCCGAGCUAGAGAAAAAGGAUUUUGCCGCCAUCCUGACCAACGCAAGCCCUCUGGCCGUGAACCUCCUGGAGAAGAUGCUGGUGCUGGAUGCGGAGCGGCGGGUGACGGCGGCCAAGGCGCUGACCCACCCCUACUUCGAGUCGCUCCACGACACGGAGGACGAGCCCAAAGCCCAAAAGUACGAUGAAUCCUUUGAUGACGUGGACCGCACGCUGGAAGAGUGGAAGCGUGAGUGGGGGGCUCUGGGCAGGGCCUGUGGCUGGACCCCACCAGCCCCGUGCAGGUGGCCAGGGCUCAGAGUCCUGGGUCCCCCCACCCUGGGAUGCAGGUUAGGUGAGGAACACAGUGGAGGUCAGGGGGCAGCUGGGCUUCCGGGCCAAGGCGACCUGAGCACUUGGCCUCUCCCGGCCCCCAGGCCUGCCAGCGUGCCUCCCCACGUCUAGGCCGGAGACCGGGCUACCCCGGAGACCCCCAGCACCCACUCCCCCAGGCCUCUGCUCGUACCUCUUGAAUCUUCUGGCCUCUGUGUCCCUUUCAGGACCCCUCCUACCUGGACAGCUGCACACCCCUCGUCCUGCCAGCAGGAUCAGGCCCACGCCAGGCAGUCCAUAGCACCUCCCCCUUCCGCACCACCCCUCGCCCGCCCCCUCUAGCCCCACUGAGCACUUGAGACCUGCCUCUACCUGUGCUCUGCGUCUCCAGGCUUUGCAUUGGCCUGGAAACCGAGGGCCUCUCUCUUCUUCUCUGAGGGCUCCCGACACCUCAGCCUGAGGCUGGGCUCAGGGACGCCUGCCCAGUCCCCGGGCCUCCCUCUGCUGGGGCCCUGACGCCCCAUGCUGGAACGGGCCUUGUCUAGCUCCACCCUGGCAUGGCAGGCAUCUUCUCUCGGUGGCUGCGGGACCCGCCUGGGGGAGCAGGGACGUCUGAGGGCAGCAGUCAGCGCCGACGGAGCUGUGGCACUGGUCGCCACUGUCCUAGACCCCAUCCUGGCUGUGCCUCAGACCUGGGGCCGCGGUCCUGGAUGUGGGGGGUAGAGGUGGGGCUGGACGGGUUGUGCUUCUCAAACCACAUUCUUCAGGGUCAUCGGGGAGUCCCAGCAGCGGCCCUGCCCUUAUCUGUGCUGUGUUUUGUGCUUGUAAGUUCUCUGUUGCUAGAAAGAUAACAAGAAAACCGAAAACCAUGGGCCACAGGAUCCUCUCUGCGGUCUCCGCCACAAACUGUAGUAAGAGCUUUUGCUUUUUACUACAGACCGUGGUGGACAUGUGGUCUGUUUGUGGUUGAGCCCCUGGUCAGGAAUGCAAACUCAUCACCUCCUGUUUCCCCGGGAAAAGCCAGCUUUACAGCAAGGACCUCUCUAUACAAACCUUCCCUGUGUGGACGGGCCCCUGCACCAGGGUUAGAUGAGGGCCUGGGAGGCACCUCAUGGGGUAGCAAUACAACUGUGCCGUGUGCUGGGCAAACCACACAGACCACCUGCUCUAAAGGCACAGUCCUUCCUGAACCUGGGCUUGUGGAGUACCAGUGGUCCCCCAAAGGCGCGUUCCUGUGGCCAGGUGAGCGUGGGCACCCUGGGGUAGGUGGAGCGGAACCGUCCUCUUGCAGGCUGGUCAGAGGGGAGGCGGGGCAGCGCCCCCCUUCCUUUGGGACGGCUUGCUCUGGGCCAGGUUCAGGAAACGUGAGCACCGGCGAGGAAGCUGGAUGCUGCAGGUAGUUGGUGGGAAUUCCACACUCGUUUAUUAAUUAAUUUCUGGCUGCAUUGGGUCUUUGUUGUUGGGUCUUAGUUGCUGCGUGCAGGCUUUCUCUAGUUGCGGCGAGCAGGGGCUACUCUUCGUUGCAUUGCGAGGGCUUCUGAUUGCGGUGGCUUCUCGUUGCAGAGCUUGGGCUCUAGGCGCGUGGGCUUCAGUAGUUGUGGCACGUGGGCUCAGUAGUUGUGGCUUGCGGGCUCUAGAGUGCAGGCUCAAUAGUUGUGGCGCAUGGGCUUUGUUGCUCCGCAGCAUGUGGGAUCUUCCCGGACCAGAGGUCAAACCCAUGUCCCCUGCAGUGGCAGGCGGAUUCUCAACCGCUGCGCCACCAGGGAAGCCCCCAUAGUCGUUUCAUAGAUGUUCUGGAUCCCGAAGCUGCGGUGUGCCCUGGUGGGACCCUGAGCAACUCCACUCAAGUGAACACAUUGGUUUACAUUCCUCAGAUGUCCUCUGUUCACUGAGGCAGGCUGUGGAGCCAAGGCCACCCUAGGGGCCGUGGGUGUGGGUUACAGGAGCCCUGUCAGGGUGGACAGUCCCUGUGGAUGGACACAGGUGGACUUGCACAUGUGGGACAAAGGAGCCCACCUGGUGCCUGAACCCCAGCGGUGGUCUCUGACCCUGUUAAUUUGGGGGACGGGCGGGCCCCCUAGUUCAGUGACUAACAGCCUGUGCUCUGGGCCUCCGCUCUCCACCCCCACCCCAAGUGGAAUCUCAUGGGACUUAACGCUGGUCCCCGCGAGCACCAGUGAGCUGGGCCCAGUGCUUCGUCUUGGUCACUGGCGUCCAUCCUUGGUGUGCACUGUGGAGCUGUCUUAACAGGUGAUGGGCCCCUUCUCCCAUGACUCUGUCCCUCUCAUCCUGCCCCAGGUGUCACAUACAGAGAGGUGCUCAGCUUCAAGCCUCCCCGACAGCUGGGGGCCAAGGUCUCCAAGGAGACGGCCCUGUGAAUACCCCUGGGCCCUGGGCCUGGAAGGGAGAUCCUGUUUGCUACUGGGACCUUGGCUGGGGCUUGCAUCCCAGGAGUCCCCUCGUUCCAUGGAGCCUCUUCUGGAAGCCUGUUCCCCUGCUCUCAGAGCCCACCUCAGCCUAACCUUGGAGGAGCAUCUGGACUUUCUGGACAGGACGCCCACCUGACCUGGGGCUGGGCUCUGACCCCCUGAGCAGUGGUCCCCUCCCCCAGGGUGCAGCAGAAGCCUCAGAACCUGUGGAGUGGGAUGGGGUUUGGGGUCAAAGCCUAGCCUCUGACCCUGCCUGCUCUGGACUGUACUGAAAAGGAAGGACGGGAGGGUGCAGAGCACUGACUCAGGGACAUGUCUCCUGGGGGCGUUGGUGUGGACGCUUCUGCACCACCCCCCUUAAAUGUACAUUGGCCACGUGGUAUGGCCACACGGCUGGAGGAAAUAAAGCCUUUUGUAGCUCCCA